UUAAAGAAGAUAUUAGGCCUAGUUUUUCUUUUCUUCUGUCAGAUUUGUACUGCUUUCGUGAUCUUUUAGAGUUGUUUGUCCAUCUCUCAUGUGCGAGUCGUCGCAUUUUGUUUUCUUGACCCGUGCUUCUGUGAGCUCCAGUGUUAAAUAAAUGUGAGAGGAGAGAAGGGGCCCCCCGCGGGAUGAGUGUUUUCGUUCCUGGUCCGACGCGGUGACCCCCGUGUGUUUGGGGGUCACACCAGCAGCAGAUGGGACAGUAAUGAUUUUAGGCUGCAGAACUGUAGAAAUCGACCUAAGUCGUGUCAUGUAUGACUUGUACUUACUCAUUCCUCUGAAAUGGUCUCAUUUCCUGUAGUUUUCUCAUCACCAACAGAUUGCACUGGAAUAAAAAGCUGUAUAUAGCUGUAAAUUGGAAAUAUAAGGAUUUACAGGCCUGGAAAAGUCACGGAAAUGAUCAAAAAUCAUGGGGAUUCCUAAAGUGAAUACUUCUAAAUACUAUUUAUUUUUCAAGCUUGACUCUGUGUUCUUUAAUUAGCUGGAAGGCGCCCUUUGUGGGCAUAUUUUUAUUUAUUUAUUUACUCUAAAAAGUCAUGGAACAAAUUCAUGGAAACUUCUAGAGUGACUGUUUCUACGCUCUAUUAUUUCCUUACUCUGUAAGGUAUUUGAUUGGCUAGGAAUUGUUUAUUUAUUCAUUUAAAAAUGUAAUUGAAAUUCCUAAAAUGAAUAUCGCUUUUUGUGACUAAAAGACAUUUUUUUUUUAGAAUCUGUGGUCAAGUCCUGGCCAGAGCUGUUUGGAAAGAAUGAAAGAUGCAAAAGUCUCCUUGUCAACAAAAAGUGAUUUAUCAAAAAUUCAGUCAAGUGAAUAACAUGCUUUCCACUGGGCUGAGGACAGUUAAAACCUCUGUGGUUACUGAUGGCCUCAAAAAGAGGGUUUGAAAUGCCAAAUACAGUAUAUCAUGCACCACCAUAAUGCUCCACUGACACUCUGAUUCGAUCAUGGAGGACGCAGUGACCUCUGAAGAUGCUGAACCCCUGCCUGCUUCCUCCCAAAACAUUGACAUCCACCUCAGGGAGCCAGAGGACGAGUGUCCUUCCAGCACAAGCCCGGAGCCCAGCACCCCGUCCUCGCCUUCUAAUCAGCAAACUCAAGGCUCUGCUGUAUCGGCGCUGGAGUCCAAGGUCAAGGCUCUCUCCGAGCGCACAGUUGCCUGGAAAGAACCUGGAAGUAAGAACCAGGACAAACGAGUGGUUCCCGGGACCUUCAUGCUGGGAUACGCCCUCACGGACGCUUGGGGCUCCAGCAGCAGCGAUGAAGACGGGGAACCUCGCAAGCCCCUGAUGUUCACUGCCGGAGAUCCCAAGCCUCGGGUAGAACUCGAGUACGAUCCCAUUUCUUCCAAAACUUUGCUGGCAAUUCCACGUGGCCUUGGAGAAGGAGCAAGCCUGGAGAACCUCACGAGCGAUGCUUGCAGGGCUCAACACGAUGCUUCUCCAUCUGAUAAACCAUGGAUGCCUCCAAAGUGUUUCUGGAGGUCCAUCAGACCAGAGAUGUCGGUUCUAAAUGGGAACAUUCCUGUGGGGAAGGAUGGACCAAAUGGAGGAACCACGGGACACAAAAUGGGCCACAAGUUUCCAAGGGAACUGCAAAGGUCUGACAGCCUGGAGAGUCACCUGCGCAGGUACAGUCACGGUGAGGUGGGACAGUGUGGACUCUGGCGGGCCGACAGCUUGGAGAGCAUGUGCAGCAGUGGAAGCUCGCUGUCCCUGGCCGAGAGGGUCGAAAUGAACCGAGGUCUUCUCAAACAGAUGCUGCAGAAAGCCCAGAACAAAGACCAUGUGCCAGGACAAAGGAUAGAGGACCCGACACACAUUGGUGGUAGAGGUAUCUGUGGCCUGAAUGAUAGUGAUUGGGAUUCUGGGAUUUCGCUCCAAGGUAGUGAACACAGCCAAAGGGCCUUUGUGUUGGGCGAUGACCUUCCGCUGAGCCCUCGCCACGAGCAGGCCAAACGACUGCUGGAGAGAGCGCGUAUGAAGGCCCGGUCCAACCCUCUCAAAGCCGACCACACCAUCCUACCCGUCCAGAGGGACAACCCGGAGCUGUUGUCCUGGGUUGGUGUACCCUUACACCAGGCUCCUCUUGCGGGGAAGGAGGGCGUGGCGGUGGUCUCCGGAAACCUUAGUGACUCCUCCAGCGGCGACUCGGCAGGUGGAACCCGCCGGAGACACGGACAGUCCCCAACCCGUGUGCGUUUUGAAGACGAAUCGGAGAAGGACGCUGAGGUGCGCUACCUGGAGCGGCUACGCCAGCGGCGCAGGGCUGGAGAAAGAGCGCAGGGGCUGCUGGUGUCCAAACCCACCUUGUCGUCUUACAUCAAUGGACAGGCAGAGACAGGACAUGGCUCGAAUGAUUCAAAAUUCUGGAAGCCAAAAGCCAAGAAGAGUUUGUUGAAUGGCAAAGGUCCGGAAACAGCAAACAGGCAGUGCAACUCUUGUGGGACCUUUCUAAAUGAACCACACGGGCCUAGCUUGAACUCAAAUACUCUGUCUUUACCUAAUGGGGAAGUUGAAGGGAAGAAGAUACCAUGUUGGGUUGCUCCCACCCUACCCAACCGGCUUGUUCGGAUCGAACAGAUUAAGGAGACGUACAUUGGGACGAUUCCCGCUAUCGUCCACAGCGAUGGAACGCACUGCAUUCCUGUGGAUAAUGUGAGCGGUAGAGGAACAUUCCAGAAGCUAAAGAAGAAGGUCCGGAAACAAGAGAGCAAGCAGGAUCCCUUGUACAUCAACGGCCUGAGGGCUCCAACACCACCGGACUGCAACAGUGGAACUCAAAUGUGUCUCUCAAAUGGACUAGCAUUGCCACUCAACCCCUAUGCCACGGAUCCCCUUGGACAGAGAAUCCCAGCCGGAUGCAGCCCCACAUCCAGCAAGGGAACUAUAGCACCUCCAUUGCCCCCCAAAGGAGAACCAUCCAGCUCCCACCUUCCUCAGCCAACCCCUCCGCCUCUCCAACCAAAAAAAUCAGCCCUAAAAUCCAGCUCAAAGAACCGCUCAAAUGGUCAGCGGACCGUCACACUCAUGUCUUCACCGGAGUACCACCUGGACUCCACAGAGGCAGGGGGCGCUGUGGAGAGCUGUCUUCAGGAACAGGCUUCCUCUGGACUGGGUUAUUGGGAGGACAGAUCUGCAGUGGUCACCCCUGUACCCAUACUCAAGACGAGCCCAGUUCUGUGUGCGCGAAACUCACCCAUACAAGGGGAAGAAAGGCUAACAGAUGUGGACCAGCACCAGAGUACAGGACAGCUGGGAUCUGAUGCAACAUCCAGCAGUGCUGAAUCAACCCAGGCUCGUCUCAAUGACGGACACGUCAGAGGCCCAGUCAGACCAGUGCAUCACAGGGCAACUAGCCCAAACUUCUCACAAGCGGGGACAGAUGCAGAGCAGCGGGAGGGUCGACCCAAACUCUCCCUGCGGCGGUUCUUCUCCGCCAUGGGGCUGAACAGCGUGGGCUUGCUGGGAAAAGGACGAUCCAGCAGCAUGGAUCAGCUCAGCCUGCACCCCAAACCAAACUCAAACCUGAACCGGCCGACUUCCCCCUCCACCUCCCCCAGCCCCACACACAGACACCACCACCAGCUGAAGAAAGCCCCCUCGCUGCAGACUAUACGGCUGGGGUCUCCAUUUCUCCAGCUGAGAAGAUCUUCAUCAGCUCAGAACCUACAAAUCCCCAGAAAGAAAACAGACCGUUCCUCUGCAUACACUCCAGGAGAACAGCCCUGUAGUCCAGUAUUAACCAGGGAUCUUCAGCGUGCUUUGAGUGUAGAGGACGUGGGGCGGCCCAGUGCGGUGCGUCCGGUGGGACGCGUGGCCCAGGCCUUCCCUGACGGCACCAUCCUGCUGGAGCUCUCCAGACCCCCCAACGGCCCCUUCGGCUUUCUCAUCUCACGAGGAAAAGGCAGGCCGGACUCAGGGGUGUACAUUGAAGAAAUGGGCGACAGCAAUAUGGAGAAGCUCUACACGGGGCUACUCGGGGUCGGAGACGAGAUCUUAGAGGUGAAUAACGAGAAGGUGGCAGGACUCAGUCUGGACCUGGUGACCCGUUUAAUGACUCAAAACAGCACAGCUUCAAUCCGCGUACUACGACACAGACGCCUACAGCGCUAACUGAAGACAAGACUGUACCAGCACCACAUUUUGAUACAGUCAACAUAAACAGUACUGUCAGAAACGUCUGGGACGAGUUCGUGUAAUCAACAGUAUUACGUUUUACCGACCUUUGCAGUUUUAUCGCAAUGAUCACACAACGGUCCCUAUUAAGGGAUAGUUACCCAAAAAUGAAGUGGUUUUUUUAUACAUUUUGUUACAAUUCAGUUUCAUUUUUUGGGUGAAUUCAUCCCUGUAGCCACUGUUAUGGCUAAAGGCCUGUUCAAACCCAAAACAAUAACAGUAAUGACAAAAUAUAUAGUUUUAAAAAUCAUUCUAAAGUUAUAGAAAUAGCACAACUAUAAUGAUAACGACACAGAGGAACAAUAUCGUUGGAAUCAUGACAAAAACGCUGGCAGCCAAUCAGAAUCCAUCCUGCUUUAAAUAGUUUGAGCAUUUAAAGUGGCAGAUGACAAAACUGCAGUGCGCGUUUAUAAUAAACAGCAUGUUAUUGCGUGUUGCAGUGGAUGCUAAUAUAGUUCAGUCAUUACAACUCUCUGAGAGUUUAGCACGGUAAUAUACAUGGCAAGGAUAAUGUGUUAAUAGAUCUGCUACGCUACCGAGACUUGCUACUAUUAAUACAUGCACAGACAUGCUGCUGGGAGCAUGUAGGAAAUAUUGCCGCUGCACAAACAAAAUAU